UGGACGGACUACCAGCUGUCCUGGGACCCGGCCGAGUACGGCAACACCACCCGGCUCUACGUGCCCUCGGAGAACAUCUGGCUCCCCGACAUCGUCCUCUACAACAAUGCUGACGGCAACUACGAGAUCACCAUCAACAACACCAAGGCGGAGCUGUCCCCCAGCGGAAGGGUGUCCUGGAGGCCGCCGGCCAUCUACAAGUCCUACUGCCAGAUCGACGUCGAGUACUUCCCCUUCGACGAGCAGAACUGCAUCAUGAAGUUCGGCAGCUGGACCUACGAUGAUAACAAUCUGGACCUACGUCACGCGGCUCAUACCAACGAGUCCGAGCUAGACUCUGUAGUUCCAUACGGCGUGGACCUGCACGACUACUACCUGAGCGUCGAGUGGGACCUGAUGCAGGUCCCCGCGCACCGGCACAAGGUCUACUACAACAGCUGCUGCAAGGAGAGUCGCUACAUCGACAUCUCCUUCAACAUUACCAUGAGGCGCAAAACCGUGUUCUACACAGUGAACCUCAUCAUCCCCUGCGUGGGCAUCAGCUGCCUGACCAUCCUGGUGUUCUACCUGCCGUCCGACUCGGGCGAGAAGGUCACCCUGUGCAUCUCGAUCCUGCUGUCGCUGACCGUGUUCUUCCUACUGCUGGCCGAGAUCAUCCCUCCGACGUCUCUGGCGGUGCCGCUGCUCGGCAAGUACCUGCUCUUCACCAUGGUGCUGGUGACGCUGUCGGUUGGGUGCACCAUCUGUGUGCUGAACAUCGGGUACCGCUCGCCGAGCACCCACCGCCUGUCGUCACGAGCCCGCCGGGUCCUGCUGGAGUGGCUGCCGCCUCUGCUGCUGAUCCGCCGCCCGCAGAGAGCGCCCUCCGAGCCACCGCUCCACGAGCUCUGCGAGGUCGAGUCGGAGACACAGGCCGAGCUGGAGGGAGCUGGUGUCGAGCUGCCGCCUCUGACGGUCCGCUCUGCAGAGCACCACCAGCUCUGUCCCGCCCUGAGCGCGCACCUCCCGUCUGAGCCAGGCCCCUCUCGCCACCAACCGGUCCCCGACACCCCCUGGUCCCAGCCCCCCAGUUGCGGCUCUCCAGGCCCUCCGUGGCUCGGGGCUGCCUCCCCUGGACCCAGCACGGCCUAUGUCAGCUCCCCCGGACCCAGCACCCUUCAUCGCUGCCCCUCUGGGCCCAGCGCUCUCCGUCCCGGCUCCCUGGAAUCAGUGACCUCCCCUGACGGCUGGUCGGUUCCAUCAGCCUCUCGACCCGUAACGAGCCUUAUUGCUCAACACGAACAUCUACAGAAAGCGCUGCAGAACGUGAACACCAUAGCCAGUCGCAUCAACAAUCUGGACGCAUUUGAAGAGGUGGAGUCUGACUGGCGGUACGUGGCCAUGGUGCUGGACCGCCUGUUCAUGUGGCUGUUCACUGUGGCGUGUACGUGCGGCACGUGCGGCAUCCUGCUGCAGGCACCGCUGCUGUACGACCACACCACCCCCAUCGACAGGAUCAAGUCGCGGGUGGCUCGUGCCAACCUCAGCUCCAUGGGCGACGAGGACUGGCAGAACCGUGAGGAAUGAGCAACGAUCUGCGCUUAAAAGCUCAUGUUUGACUUAUUGUUUCCUUUAGGUGUAUGCAUACUGGUAAUUUACUCGUGUAUCAUGAGGCAGCUUUACAAUUAAUCACUCAAGAAGGCAAUACAUAUGAAUAAUUGACCCCUAAUAUUUGAUCUUAGUCAAUACGUAAGAUAUUUAGCUGAAUAUUUAUAUAUGUGUGCGACCUAAAAGUGACAGUUAUUUCGCACACCAAUGAUGUUCUUAUACCUACAUGACGAUCUUACAACUGUAUGCAUAUGUCUCUAUCAAAUAAACUACCCGUUUAGUUCCGGGACUGCAUAUAAC